GCCGGCGGCGGCGGAGCCCGGCCCGGAACGCUAAGGCGUAGGGCUGUGCUUCCCAUGCUGCUGCUCUUCAGGUUGGGUUCAGGAUGCUGUUGCUGGAAACUGCAGAGCUCUGCUGAAGUGAGAUGCCUUGGAGUCAGAUGCUGUGACAAUGGAGUUAAGCUGCUCUGAAGUACCUCUUUAUGGACAGGUGACUAUAAAUGCAAAAUUUGACAAAGACAUUUACCUCCCAGAGGAUGCUGAGUUUUACUUUGUUUAUGAUGGGUCCCUGAAGAGACACAUAAUGUUUGCUGAGCGAGCUGGUGACAACACUCUUCAGUCCAUAGUUCCAGGCCAUGGAUACCAAGAAGCAGUUUCUGUGUCUGUGUUAAUGUACAUGGUGGGUUUCUCACCUGUGGUCCUCGGCAGCUGUCCCAUCACUUACAGAGAGAAUCUGUCAUGCAAGUUGUCUCACUUUCUGGUCGACCACGCAGAAUGUGUCACCACCAGUAGUCACAAGCUGUUGCUGGAUAAGUUUGGGCUAAGGAUGAAAGAUCUGCAGUCACUGGAUAAUGACUUGAUGAUGGCCGUUGCUUAUGAAAAGUUGCCUUCAACCUGGAACAUCCUUGGAAGCUGCCCAGAAGAGUCUGAACAAAAAGAAACUCUUCUCCACCUUGUGAUGAGGUUGGGCUUGGUUAAGCUUUCCCAGUUCUUGGCAGCCCAGCCUGGAGGGUCAUCAGCGUUGGCAUUACCUAAUGAGGAUGGAGCAACACCGUUAGAUUUGGCUUUACAAAAUGGGCACUCCAAACUUGUUCAGUUCUUUACAAACUUCCAGGGCAGUCACUCGCUUGACAUUUCAAGAGCAGAGAUCAGCGAGGGUGCCUGCCUGCAGUUUGUUCAUUCAUCAAGAGCUCUGACACUGACGUUUAGCCACACUGCACAGCACUUGCUGGAGUCAGACAUUAAGCUCUUCAGAAAAUACUUCUGGGACAGACCUCUUCUUUAUCAGAGUAUUAAUUCAAACCAAGUUGAAACAGUGGAAGGCCCAAAAAUGCCCUGCAGUACAACACGCUCUGUAGAAGGUCCUAUGAGCUCAGCAUCUGGUGACUUGUCCCAGGAUGACACGAAGCCUUUCCGAGACUCUGGGGUUCCUUCUAAAGAAAAUGAAGAUCGUGUCUCAUUGGAUGUAGAGCACAGACACUCUACCCUUGAUGUUCUAAGGAAAUUGAAGUCUCCCCCUACUUUCUUUGCUGCAACCAGACUUUCUCCCAUGCUGAGUGGAAGUGAUGAAGUAUAUGCAAACUGCAUGGUAGUAGACCAAGCUGGAGAACUAAAGACUAACUACAUUCAUGGAGAUGGUGUCAGCAGUGAAAUAUCUCUGAAUCCCACCAACUCAAUCCCGAUGGCUAAGAGCUCUUCAUCUCCCUCCCUUGAGGAGAAUGAUCAAUUUAUAUAUCUCCCAGAUGAACAAAGUCAAAGGCCAGUGAAAAAUGAAGAAAAUGCAGGAUCAAGGCAUGCCAUUUCACCUUCUCAUCUGUAUGGAGCAGAUUCGUAUCUUACAUUCAAGACCCAUGGAUUUAUUAAGGAUUGGGGCCAAAUUUAUGCUGAUAUGAAAAAAAGAAGUUCAAGUCUUGAUGACCUUGAAGUAGACUGUGGAAGUGGAGCUGUGUCGGACAGAUCCCAUGUUCACUACCCUCCCCUCGGCUCUUCAGAGGCCCUGGCUUCUAGCAGAGAUGGAUUGAACUUACCUACCAGUCUGCAGCCCAAGGAAUGCACAGUGUUUGGGAUUCGGUCACGCUCGUAUUCCUGUUCCUCGCCCAAAAGUUUGGUAGGAAGACCUCGCAUUCCUCGGGACUUUGCAGUUGGGGAUUCAAAUGGAGAGAGAGCGUACAGUCUGCCCGAGCAGUCCCAAGAGCAAAGGUAUGGGUGUGUGUUGCGGAGAGCCGGGAGCAGGAUUCAGGAAGAGGAAUGGAAUAAAUAUGCUGUACCCUCAAAAAAUGAGUCUGAAAAAUAUAAAGUGAGUCGGACUUUCAGCUUUCUGAUGAACAGGAUGACCAGCACACGGAAUAAAUGCAAGACAAAAAAUAAAGAUACCAAAGAUAAGGAGAAACCAACCAGGCACAACUUUUCAAAUGGUUCUUUCCCAGGAGUUAUCCCAUGUACAGUCUGUGAAAAGGCUCUCCUAGGAAAGGAGUCACUGCAGUGCUCUCAUUGCAGUGUGAUUGUGCAUAAAAGCUGCAAGGAGUGCGCUCCUGUGUGCACCAAGAAAUCCCAGGAGAGAUACCAUAAUAAAAACAAGCCCCAAGUUGGUGUAACAAAUGCCCUGCCUGGAGACAUUUCACAGAUGGUUCAAUCCUCAGUGCAUCCUUCUUCCUCCGUGCCUAUUGGACUGUCUCCUGGAAAGAGGGAAGCCUCACAACAGCCGUACUUCUUGUCUAAAAAUGUCCCCAGCGCCAGUUUGGAAAGAAGAGCUACACAAUUUUCUGAACAAGACUCCGAGACUAGCCCCUGGAGGUCCAAGUCACAGUCUGAAGAGAUGUUACAAGCAUUAGGGGCCUUUUCUUCAAUGGAUGCUUUUAUAAUGGAAGAUGAUGUGGAUUUGUCUCAGUGGACUGAUCUCUGCACAGAUGCAGAAGAGUUUGAGGCAGAGUCCUGGAGUCUUGUCGUGGAUCCGAUGUUCUGUAGCAAGCAAGAAAAGGAUGUUGUCAAGCGGCAGGAUGUCAUAUUUGAGUUGAUGCAAACAGAAGUACAUCACAUCCAUACCCUGUUCAUUAUGUCUGAAAUAUUCCGGAAAGGGAUGAAGGAAGAACUGCAGCUUGACCACAGCAUGGUGGACAGAAUAUUCCCCUGCUUAGAUGAGCUACUGGAGAUACACAAGCAAUUCUUCUGCAGAAUGAAGGACAGACGGCAGGAAUCAUGUGAGGCAGGGAGUGAGCGUAAUUUUGUCAUCAACAAAAUUGGAGACAUCCUUGUGCAGCAGUUUUCAGAGGAAAAUGCAACUAAAAUGGAGAAAAUAUAUGGAGAGUUUUGUAGCCAUCAGAAAGAAGCUGUUAAUCUCUUCAAGGAGCUGCAACAAAACAAGAAGUUCCAGAAUUUUAUUAAACUGAGAAAUAGUAACAUGUUGGCACGACGCCGAGGAAUCCCUGAGUGCAUUUUGCUCGUCACCCAGCGGAUCACCAAAUACCCUGUUCUGGUUGAAAGGAUACUGCAAUACUCAAAAGAAGGAACAGAAGAACAAAAAGACCUAUGCAAAGCCCUUCGUCUAAUUAAGGAUAUAAUUGCAGCAGUAGAUUUGAAAGUGAAUGAGUAUGAAAAAAAGCAAAAACUGUUGGAAAUUCUCUGUAGAACUGAAAACAAAACAUAUACAAAGCUGAAAAAUGGCCAUGUUUUUAGGAAGCAAGACUUGAUGAGGAAAGAGAGGAUACUUCUUCACGAAGGUUUAGUGUAUUGGAAGACAGCAACUGGUCGGUUCAAAGACACCUUAGCUCUGCUUCUAACUGAUGUACUACUGUUCUUACAAGAAAAGGAUCAAAAAUACAUCUUUGCAGCUGUUGACCAGAAACCUUCUGUUAUCUCCCUUCAGAGGCUCAUAGUAAGAGAAGUAGCCAACGAAGAAAGGGGGAUGUUCCUGAUCAGUGCUUCAUCUGCAGGGCCUGAGAUGUAUGAGGUUCAUACCAGUUCCAAAGAAGAACGUAACAAUUGGAUGAGGCAUAUUCAAGAGGCAGUGGAAAGUUGUCCAGAGGAAGAAGAAGAAGUAAAAAUGAGUGAGUCUGAUGAGGACAGACGUAUUGCUGAGGCCAAGGCAUACAAAAUUCAGAAAUAUCAAGAAUCACUGAGUAACCAAGACCAGCAAAUAUGCAGUCAUUUAGAAGAAAAGUUGCGUAUCUAUGCAGAACUGGGAGAUAUGUGUGGGUUUGACGAUGUCCACGUAGAACCUCACCUACUUAUCAAACCCGAUUCUGGAGAAACUCCACAGGCUGCCUCACUGCUGGCAGCAGCACUCAGGGAAGUUGAAAGUCUCCAUGUCGCUGUAACAACAUCACAAGUGAGUGAAACAGACAGAUCACCAGAGGAAAGUACUGGCGAAUUAACUGUGAAGCGUACAUUCACUGCCAAUGAAAUCUUCGAAUCUGUUGCUGGUGAUGCAGAAAGAAAAGAAAUUGAAGAAUCACCAGAAAUCAAUCUCAGUGUUGAGGAGGAAGUGGCAGGUGCCAGUCUUGAGGAUAAGGGAGGAAGUAUGAAUAUUUCAGGAUCUACAGGGACAGAGAUUGUACAAGCAAUCCAGAACUUAACCCGUCUCUUAUACAGCAUGCAGGCAGUACUGGCUAUCCAGGACAGCCACAAAGAGCUCCAUAGGUUACUACUGCAAGAGAAUGAGAAGACCAGUCGAGGCCAGGCUUCUCGGCUAAACCUCGUUUUGGAACAAGAAAAAUACCGGAAUCUGGAAAAACAAAGGGUGGAACUGGCCAACAUACACAAGUUGAAGCAGCAGUUUCAGCAGGACCAGCAGCGGUGGCUGCGUGAAUGUGACCAGCGGCAGCUGGAGCAGGAGGCGAGGGAGGGCCGGCUGGGGCAGCGGGAGUGCCAGUGCGAGUGCGAGGAGGAGCUGCUGGAGCAGAGCCGACAGGGACUGGCGCUGCAGCUGCAGGAGUACCAGCAGAGCCUGGAGAGGCUCCGGGAGGGCCAGAAAAUGGUGGAGAGAGAGAGAGACAACGUGAAAAUGCAGAAGAAACUCCUGUGGCACUGGAAGCAUGGUCAGCAAAACAGCCUGUUUUCACCCACAGGGGACUAUGAGAUAAUGGGACAUAAUCAGUUGGACAGCUUACAUGGUGAAAAUGCAUUCUACUUCAAGGAAGCUGUAGUGUGUGUGUCUCUAAGCAGAAUCAACAGACCAGAUUCUUCUCUCAUUUAUGAGGAUGGUGUGUAUGGGAUGAAUAUCUCAAAUUCUGAUGUAGCAGGGACUAGUGAAAAUCAGGUGGACCUCAAAAUGGACACUUCUUGUCAGCCAGCAUUAACUAGUGCACUGUGGAAAUCCACUAGUCCUUUCCAGCAGAUGUCUUUUUCCUGCAAAAGCAACAAGGAUUCCUUUAACAAUGAUCUGAAUGCAUCACAGACCCAUGGUCCCCAAACAAGUGUUCCGAACCAGGGGUCCAUCCAGUCACCACAGGUAGAUGAACUGCAGCUGAACCACCAGCCUGAGAACCUGCAGGAUGCAGAAAGUGGAGCCAGAGUAGAGGAGGAGAUUGUUUAUCUCUGAUGACUUGUUUUCUAAUCUCAGUAGCACUUUGGAAAGAUAACUGUGUUUGCUUUUCUAAAUAUCUGUAGUUGUUCUCUGUAUGACCUUCUGGCUUUAAGGGUAGUAUUUAAUCUUAAAUGCAAAAUUUUCCCCAUGAUAAAUAUAGCAAGUAAGUUAUUUUGAAGCCUUGUUGUAUAAUCUUUAAUUUAUGACAUGAUUUCAAAUGCUUUGCAAGAAGCAAUGAGUAGCAGGGGAGACAUAACAUUUUGAAAUUGUAAAGAUGCCACCAAGAACUGUGAAAGCUAGUGUUGAUUUUCUCUAGUCCUCAUUUUACAAGGAUGAGCUAAGAGAGAUGGGUUGCUACUUGAGAUUUCAGAGCGUGUAUCAGUAACCUUCUAACAGUUGUGAUAUAACACAAGAAGACAGUAAUGUAAGAAUGAUGGCUAUAGUCUUCCCUGAAAUGUGCUAUAUACCCUUAGCUGUGGGGUCAUUUUCCUUAUCUUCUAGCUCAGGAACUGCUCAAAAGGGGAUGUUUUUUUAUGGUCUGAGCAUAAUUGCAUAAUUGUAAUUGUUUUUUCAUGUCCCAAAGCCUAUUAUCAUUUUGAUACUACUGCUAGUUUCUGUGCAGAGAUGCACUAAAUUAGUUAUUGUAUAAUAAUUGUACUUCAUUUCAGUAAGUGUCCUUAUGCAUUAAAAUUUACCAGAUGAAACCAUCUCACUGGUGAAAAGAAAGGGGAUAAAUAGUAGGCUUCAGUUAACUGAACCCUUCUGAAACUCCACUGCUUUCCCAUGUAGAAGUCAGAUAGCUUUCUGCUUUCAGGUUCAUGGGAUUCUCUGUGUGUUAGGCAGUAAGAAACCAGCACUUGUUUUGUGCCUUUUGUCUUUCUGAAAAAUUUGUACGCUUCUGUCAAACUGAAUAAAUGUUCUGUGCACUUCUGCAAAA